AAUUAGUCGAACGAAAGAAAGAAAUGUUAUUUCGCAUCGAAUGAUGUAAAUAUGUAUAUAAUAAUUUCGUGGAAUCUCGACUGUUGGAAAACAAAGCGACUUUCGAUGAUUAUGUUUCUCCAAAUCGUCGAAACUGUUUACAUAUUAUAUCGCUCGCUACUGUUUACGUAUUAUAUCGCUCGCUACUGUUUAUAUAUCCUACGAUUGACUCAUUCUGCGCGUUACCUUCGUGCUGUUCGGACCGAGAUGAACAUUGAUCCAAUUCGUCGGAACGUAUCACCGCUUACGUACACACCUCUCAAUCAUCCCAACAUCUCCACGAUCAAGAGCUCUUCGAAUACCAGAAGCUCUCAACCGCUCGAUAAAGCAUUCAGCAAAUGGAGCGAACCAUGAAGCUACAAUCGGCCGACGAAGUGGACUUUAGGACUCGAUUCUCCUUGCAGAUUCGCCUAGUUUCCUGCCACGAUCAACGAACUCGAUCCUCGAGAAUCCAAUAAUUGGCGAGGUUCCAUCGAUCGUUCCAACACCACGGUGGCGGCUCUUGGAAAACGACGCGUCGUUCCAGGGAAUCGAGUGUCGUACCCGUUUCGAUUAAUCUUGCUGGAUAUAGCCUCGAGGGAGUCUCGUCUUGUCCAACACAGUUGCAAAGAGAACGAAAGAAUAACCGUCCAAGUUCGAGAGAAUCGUUUCGACGUGGUCGAUUCGAGUAACGGGCAACAAUUUGCCAAUUGAUUAGCCGUGUUUCUUUCUCCUCUUCUUCCAAGCGGAAUCCAAGCCUCGAGGUGUUUUCACGUUCCAGAUUUUCUGACACAAAGACACACCGAGGUCUCGAGAACUCGAGCAAUUUUAUGGAGAACUGAUUCGCAAAUUGGCCGUGUUCCUCGCUCUUGCUCCUUCCUUUCUUCCCUCCCGACGAUUGGACGUUCUCUAAAGAUACGCGAUCGUCUGGCUUCUGACAGCAGCAACGCUUCCAUGUCAGGCGGCGAGCCAUGACAACGGAGACAACGGAGAUGGAAACGCAGAGGACUCCGUAUUGGACGAGACAACCGAGGAUUAUUGGGCCGGAAGUGGAUCAAAUCCCGAGGAGGACGACAUGCUUCACAACGAAACCAGGGAAGCGUUAACGCACGAGGCCAGCGACCACGAAGCUGUGGUAUACGUUGGAGAUGGAGCAGCGUAUGUACCAGUACCGUCAUUGAAAGGAAGACCGUUGAGCCCGAAUCUUCAAGCUCUUCAAACUCUCCAGGGUUUGCAAGGAAUACCAGGAGGUGGAGGCACAGGGGUAGUCGGGGACGAGGAGUGGAAGAGGCAUCCGGAAUCUUGGGAUCGGGAGCACAGGAGAUACAGGCCUAAUACCACUCGUGUUCAACAUAUCGAGGCGGAAUGCCAGGACGACUACAUGAAGAUCAGGAUCGGUUUCAACGGUUCCUUCACCGGUCUCCUCUACUCGGCUGGUUACUCUUACGACCCGGACUGCAUGUACGUGAACGGAACAGGUCGAGACUACUACGAGUUCUACAUUCAGUUGAAUCGUUGCGGCACCCUUGGCGAGAACACCCAUCAUCAGGACAGUCGAAAAAAUCCUACGAAAAACCUGAUGUGGAACACGGUCACGGUGCAGUACAACCCGCUCAUCGAAGAAGAAUUCGACGAGCAUUUCAAAGUGACUUGCGAAUACGGAUACGACUUCUGGAAGACCGUCACCUUCCCCUUCCUCGACGUCGAAGUCGCGACGGGGAAUCCCGUAGUGUUCACCCUGCAGCCACCAGAGUGCUACAUGGAAAUCAGAUACGGUUACGGGACCACUGGAACUAGAGUGGCUGGACCAGUCCGCGUCGGGGAUCCACUGACUCUCAUUAUCUACAUGCGCAGCAAAUACGAUGGUUUCGACAUUGUCGUAAACGAUUGCUACGCUCACAACGGCGGAAAUAAAAGGAUCCAGUUGAUCGAUCAAUACGGAUGUCCUGUCGACGAUAAAUUGAUCAGCAGAUUCCGUGGAUCCUGGUCCGAGAGCGGCCUUUUCGAAACUCAGGUAUUCGCCUAUAUGAAAACGUUCAGGUUCACCGGUUCGCCAGCAUUGUAUAUUGAAUGUGACGUAAGAAUGUGCCACGGAAGAUGCCCGAGCCAACCGUGUCACUGGAGAAAUGCCAAAAACGUAGCGAAACGUUCUUUGCCAGAAAUUGGUGGUCCAUCGACACCAGCGACGAGUCUGUCAGAGAAUGUGAAUCUCUUCCAAUCGUUACGUGUACUUCAAGAGGGCGAGGCAGAUACAGAAUUCUUCCAGAAUUCUACUACGGCUUUUCGAAGUGGAACCAAUGAACCCACGAACGAUAGAGUGUGCCUUAGAUCUACAGUUCUUAGUACGAUUAUAGGAAUCGGUUGUGGCUUCCUCUGUCUAAUGGCAGGAACGAUAUUAGCAAUGUGUUCGCGAAUUCGGCGACAAGCUAGGGAAAAACUUCUAUCCGACAGCAUAAGUUAUAUGACCCAUAAAGGUAGAAUUAACUGAACGCGAUCACUUUGCAUAUUUUAUUCUUUUUCUCUUCUUCUUCGUUGCGUUUCCGUCGGUAUAAAUGUUUGAGGAAAUUGCCGGAGGAAUAUCCCCUGUUGGUAAUAAUGCGAGGAAGAAUACCGCAAUCGGUAAAAAUGGGAAUAAGCUCAAUACUUUCGAUCGACGGUUGUUAAAAACCAAGACCAAGUCCACAAAUCAUAAUGUAUUUAAAAAUUGUGUAUCUAAAGUUAAGGAUAUUUGCCACAGACGAAGUAUAGAUGUGAUAUUUUUGGAUUUUUCCAUGUUUUCAAAUACCGAGAAAAAAGGUAUCACAC